UCGAGGCUUUGAUAAUCUGUACCAUUGACAAAAACUACUCUUUGUAAUCCUACUCCAUGACUACCAAAGAUAAUUAACAAGUUAAUGUUUUUUUAAUUCAACUGACAAUGUUUUUAUAAUGACAACGUUGAUCUGAUUAUUGUGACAUAUUUUUUUACUAUUUUUCGUGGUUUUUUACAUUCUAUAGGUACGUAAUUGUUAUAAUGCAGGGCGUUAAGAUAUGCAACGAUUUAUUUUCUCCAAGGAAUUUGAAAUGUGUUACUAUUAACAAUUUUGGGCCGAACAGUGACCACAAGAACUUCAUAAACAGCGUCCAAAACGUUCGCAACACUCUCGGCUCUUUAGAAAGAAGUAUCGGGAAGUCCAAAGAGUAUGAACAGAAGUUGUUACAGUGUAGAGGGUCUCACUCGCAUUCCCACGGAGUCAAUGAUUGGUGGGACAGUGAUCACUCAGAGGAGAAGAGUUUCAAGUGUAAUACUACCACCACAAGCAACAGUAAAUCAAGUGAAAGCAAUGAAGACUACACAGACACCUGGUCUACCAUGAGUAUAGUGUGCCUGCAGUACCAAUACGAAGAGCUAGCAAAACGCUACCAAAUCCUGGUCCAAGCUUAUGAAGACCAAUGCAACGCUGUCGGUUUGUGUGACAAACGCCUGGACCAAUGGCGAGAACGCGCGACCUCAACGCAGGCGCAUCUCACGCAUGCGCACAAAACACUCAUAGCUGUCGGAGAAAAAUACAUUGCACUCAAGAACAAAUGUAAAGAGAAAAAAAACUGGUACAAAGAGCAGUUAGCAGCCAUGAAGCAGUCUCUUCAUGACAUGAUGGAAGCCACAACUCGAGCGCGAAUGAAGUUCGACGCAAGACUAGAAUACUGCAUGGCCAAUGAACACGACGCUGAUGCUGCACUUCUACUUUAUGAAGUAAGUAGGCAAACCAUCCGCAGAUGCAACCUUUUAUUUCUUGAGAAUAUGCGUCUGAAAGCGAUCAUUGAGGAGCUUGUGCCCGGUGCAGUGAAUUGGAAAAGUUAAACAUUUUUCGAUUUCGACAUUUAUAUGUUUAAUUACUUAAUUUAAAUAGAUAUUAAACAAGCUUUUGAUAGAAAAAUGAUUUUAUUUCUUUGUACACUAACACUUUUAUUAUAAAAAUUGGUGUAAAAGUAGGUCAGAUGCCUACUAAUGUAAUUAUGUAAACAUGUAACCAUUAUUACACACAAGAUUAGGUACUAUAGUAAAAUUAUUUACUUACAAUAUUUGUAUAGAUUGGCACAUUAGGUAAUU